AUGGCUAACGACAGACAUUUACCGUCAGUUCAGUGGGCACAACGCAAGGACAAAUUGUAUCUGACCAUUAAUGUGGAAGAUUGCAAAGACCCAACGAUCAAGCUAGAACAGAACUCUCUACAUUUUGAGGGUGUUGGAAACAAAGAAGCAUUGCAUUAUGAUAUAACAAUAGAGUUUUAUGGAGACGUUGAUCCAGAAAAAUCCAAACAUGUGGUUCUGCCUCGUCAUAUACAAUUUGUGGUCUAUAAGAAAGAAAGUGGGCCAUUCUGGCCCAGACUACUAAAAGAUAAAACAAAGGUUCACUGGUUGAAAACAGAUUUUGAUAAGUGGAGGGAUGAGGAUGAUUCUGAUGUUGAUGAGUCUAAAGAUUUUGCUUUUGAGGAUAUGAUGAAUAAUAUGGGAAGCUAUAAAGGGCCAGAAGAGGAUAUGGCUGAUGACGAGAGAGAUAGCGAUGAUGAAGGUUAA